AUCGUUCCCUACGUGGAAUCGACCACGGCGGAAUCACGACCCGACAAAAAUCACGGCUUCACGUCUCCAGCUUCUACAACGGCCUGCCGCGACAGUCGAUUAAACGCAUUGCCACGACUUGCAUACGCCUCCGGUCUUCGGAUCCGCACUACUACACACAAGCAGUCACCCUAUUGGUCACCCGUCGCCAAACCGAACCCCGUCAUUCGUCGCCGCCGCCUGCAUUGCUUCUCACUCCAGCCAGCCCCUUUUGCCUGCUGAUGCAGGAGCGGCGUGCUUCCGCAUCAUGCCCCCCAGCCUGAGCGUGCCCCGGAGGGCCAGCGGCCUGGGGCGACCGAAGCCCGCCGCCCGCCCGAAUCCCGUCAAGGCGCUGCAAGAUCAAGCAUGGAGAAACCAGCAAGCGAACCGGGGCACGGCCGCCUCUAUGUCGCCGCCGCCUCAGCCGCGCCCACAGCCGGCCAGGAAAUCACAAUGCCCAAACAAGAACUGCCCGAACCCCAAUAUCGUCGACGGAACCUGCCGGACCUGUGGUCGAGUCGCCGAUGACACCAAUAUUGUUGCCGAGAUCCAGUUUGGAGAGACCUCGCAGGGUGCCGCCAUGGUUCAGGGUAGCUAUAUCGGCCCCGAUCAGGGCGGCGUCCGUCUCUCGGGUGGCCAGGGCGGACGACGCAUCGCCGGUACGAGCACAUCCACAGAGGCCAAGGAGAAGGCUCUUCGUGAGGCCAAGAGCCUAAUCACCGGCUUUGCCCGUCAGCUCAACCUGCCAGACCGCACCAUAAACAGCGCUGUCCAGCUGUACAAGCUGGCCAGCUCCAGGAACUUCACCCAGGGCCGCUCCAUGCAGUACGUCGCCGCCAUGUGCCUGUACGCUGCGUGCCGCAAGGAGGCGACCUGCAAGAUCAUGCUCAUGGAUCUGGCCGACCUCGUCCAGCACGAUGUGUUCCACCUCGGCCGCAUGUACAAGGCCUUCAUCCGCGACAUUGGCGCCGGCGGCAACUACAACCCCAUCUUCGUCGAGGACCUGAUCUAUCGGUUCGCUGCCCGUCUCGAGUUCGGCGACAAGACCAACAAGGUGGCCAACACGGCUGUGCGUCUGGUCCAGCGCAUGGACAGGGACUGGAUGGUCAUGGGCCGUCGGCCAUCGGGCAUCUGCGGCGCAUGUCUAAUCAUGGCGGCCAGGAUGAACAACUUUCGACGCACGGUCCGGGAGGUGGUUUUCAUCGCCAAGGUCACCAUGCACACCCUACAACAGCGACUGGAUGAGUUCGCCGAGGUCCCGUCGGCCAAGCUGACAGUGGAAGACUUCCUCGUGCGCGACUUUCUGUACGAUCAGAUGGAUCCUCCAGCAUACUACAAAAAGACGGCAGAGUACCAAGCGAAGCUGAAGGAGAAGCGCAGCAAGCGAAAGCGUGAGCUGGGGGACGACGGUGAAGGGGAGCGGCGGGUGGACGCCGAUGGAUUUGCCAUACCGCCGACCCCAAGCAAUACCGAACCUGCCGCUUCCGGUUCGAGGACAGAACCAGGUGACCUUGAGCAAGGAAUAUCUGACAUAAACUCCCACCUCGACGACCUGGCGCAGCAAUUCGGAGCGGACGGCAGCGCAAUUCCCGGCACAGAAACCCCUGCGGCAAAGGGUAGCACGCCUGCCGCCAGUGCCAGUUCGCAAGCCCCCAAAGGCCCGAAAAAGUACCCUUUUGGGAGCAGCGUCAGAAAACAGGCCAAGGUCGAAAAGCCUGACUAUGUCACAGAGGAGUGGGCUGAAGAUGAGGAGAUACUCGAGAUGGAGAUUACAGAGAACAUGAUGAACCCAGCGACUGUCGAGGGCGCACUCCGCCUUGCCAACGCCAGCGAGCUCGUGUCCCUCAAGUUCUUCGAGUCAUCGGAUCCAGAGCAGCAAUCAAAAUUGGACGCACGAGAGGUCGAGGAGGACGAGUUCGCCGACGACCCCGAGGUCAUGUACUGCCUGCUCAGCAAGGAGGAGGCUGAGCUCAAGACACAGCUGUGGGUCAACCAGAACAAGGACUGGAUGCGCAAGCAGCAGGAGAAAGAGUUCAAGGCCAAACUGGCGGCCAACAAGCCCAAGGGGCGGAGCCGAUCCAAGAAACCGCGCAUCGGCGAGGGCCAGACGUCCCCGGCGGACUCGGCAACGGACGCGACGCUGGAAAUGAUCGACCGCCGGCAGUUCUCCAAGCGUAUCGACUACGAUGCGGUGCGGAGCAUGCUCAGCACCGGGGGGCCUGGCUCUGCGGGCGCUAGCGUCGCCACCAGUUGCCAGACAAGUCGCUCCGGGAGUGUCGCCGCAACUCCCGCCGAAGAGGCCGAAGAUGAAGAGGAGGAGGAGGAGGAGGGCGACGAAGACGUGGAUGAAGAGGAGCCUUCCGGGCUUGCAGACAUCGAUGAAGACGAGGACGAAGGCGAAGACGACGAGGAGGAGGAGGCACCGGACUACGAUGAUGAGUGAAAGGUCAUCGACUAGUAGUCAUCGGAGUCAACGCAAAGGCUAUUGCUGAAUUACAGCAGCAAGCCGGCGAAUGGGGAUGCGCGCGCACGGGGAGGGACUGCUUCUUCAUAUUGAUACCCAGCGUCUGCAAAGGAAUCUUUGCUCACGGUUAGCAUUUCAUGUAUAUCUUUUUCGGUUUGUUUCUCCUUGGUUCUUUCUACUUUUUUUUUGUUUUUAAUGCUCCCUUGGUGGCUGCUUCGAUUCGACGAGAUGUAGAAGAUUUACAUAUAAUCCAACUGAAAGAACGCCCAACGAUGGACACAGCUGUUGGCACCUCACAUGAUCCCCUAC